GUCCAGAGGAGCCGCCCAUUGUCCCAUUAGCUCCAUUGCCGUAACAUGAUCGUGGACGCCGUGCGGUGGGCGACGACCAAGGUGGACGAGUCGGUGGUGAACCCCGUGGCCUCGCGGCUGGCCGGGUCGGUGGCCAACCCGGCCGUGCUGAGCUUCCUGCUCUGGGACCGCCUCAAGACGCUGACGCCGCAGCGCGCGCGCGACCUGACGCGGCUGCUGGCCACCGCGCUGGCCAACGCUCUGGGCGUCUUCGGCGCCGAGCGCGGCCAGCGCCUGGGCGCCAGCACCAAACAGCUGCAGGAAGACUUCGCCCGCGCCGCCAGCUCGCGCAGCGGCCGCGACGUCGUGCUCAACGGCGUGGCCACCGUGGCCAAGGUUGCGCAGGCACUCAACACGCCCGAGACCAAGGCGGCCACGCAGCAGCUGUUCCAGACGCUGCAGUCCGUCGUGGACUUCUUCGCCAGCGACGACGGCCGCCGCAUCAUCUCCAGCAUGAGCGAGUGCCUCACGAGCGCCACCGAGAUGGCCGCGUCGCCCGAGUCCUCCAUCUUCCUGGCGGAGCUGGCCACCAACCUGCUGCACACGCUCGAGAGCGAGGAGCUCCGACGCCAGAACGCUCAACAACAGCAGGGGGAAGAAGAAGAACAGGUGCAUGUAAAGCAGGAGCAGGAGCAAGAACGUGCUUUCCAGCACGAGAUGGAGGCGGCUCAAGCAGCUGAAAUGGACGAGAAGCAUCCCUACUCGCCCACAUCCUCCAUGGCCGACACGAGGUGGAGCUUCGAUACCGAGUCGAUGCUGUCGUCGGCGCCAGGGACCCCGAUGACGGGCAUGUAUGCAGCUGGUGCGUCUAUGGAUGGUCCCAUGCCGGUCUCAUCUCCAGUUCGGCCGGGACCGAGGCGUCGCGUUUCGAUCUCCUCACCAGCAGAGAAGAAUAGCGGCUACCGCUCGGCGCGCAUUGAGAAGGAGGUGCUGCUCAAGAUGGGGGUCGACCCGUCGAUGCUCAGCGAGAUUCAGCGCGUGCUUGAUGUCAUCGCUGCCGACGAAGAAGAGAAAGAAGGCGUGGAAACGCAGCGCCGUCGUGAAGAGGCCGAGUACGUGGCCAGUUUGGUGGUGCCGGAGCCUAAGAACGAGGAGGAGGCCGCUGCUGCCGCUGAUGUCGGUAUCACGCACGCGUUCGGAAAUGACGAGGACGAGGAGAAAACCGACGAGGUCGUCCAUGACGAUGAAACAACGCAGAUGCCGACGCCCGUGAUGCUUCCUGAAUGGCACGAGGAGCCUCUGCGACAGGCUCUUCGCCGUCGCCACGCUCACGCGGAAGCGGUGACGGAGCAGCGUGACCCAGCUGAGCGUCAGGCUCGUGAGAUGGCAGCGGUGCUGGCCCAACGCCAAAUCAAGCACGGUGCUCUGCAGCCUGCGGACGUGGUGGCUUGCCGGAUCAUCGCAAAGAUGAUCGUUUAUGGCGUGGGUCUCUGCUUGCUGCUGUCGUGCUAUCUUCUCGCACGCAGUCUCUUUUGAUUGAGAAUUGUAGAGGUUCUCCCCAUUUAUCUGUAUCAUUAAUCUACUCGCACUUAUUCGAGCCACU